GCCGCUGCUGCCGCUGCUGCUGCAGCUGCUGUUGUUGCUGCUGCUGCUGUUGUUACUGCUGUUGUUACUGCUGGUGCCGUUGCCGCCAACGUUGAUUUCGCGACGGUGCUGGAGUACGCGAGCGCUGCCAGGCGCUCCAAGCUGGCUGUGGAUACCGCGCAAUUGGACGAGAUUGACGUAUUCAAAAGAGACAAGAGCAUCAUGACGGACACGGCGGCUCCCACUGCAACCGACACGCAGAAGCGAGCCAACUUUUCGGCGUUGACAGUUAGCAAUCCGAACGGCGUGAAUAAAAUCUCGCCGAGUUUAGUGAACGCGAAACCUGGCUCUGCGAAAAAGCUCGUCAUCAAAAACUUCAAAAAUAAACCCAAAUUACCAGAAAACUAUCAAGAACAGACAUGGGAAAAAUUACAGGAAGCUGUAGUUGCGAUACAAACUAGCAAAAGCAUUCGCUACUCUUUAGAAGAGCUUUAUCAAGCAGUUGAAAAUAUGUGUAAUCAUAAAAUGGCGUCGACUCUUUACGCAAACUUGACUAUUCUGACAGAAUCUCAUGUGAAAGCUAACAUCGAGCAGUUUUUGGCAGAGUCUAUGGAUAGGCAUAUAUUUUUGAAGAAGAUGAAUGAAUGCUGGCUGUCGCAUUGCAGACAAAUGAUAAUGAUCAGGAGCAUCUUUCUGUAUCUCGACAGAACAUAUGUUUUACAAAAUCCAAGCAUUUCGUCGAUAUGGGAUAUGGGGUUGCAUCUCUUCAGGUUACACAUUGUGCUGAACAAUUUAGUGCAAACGCGCACAGUCGAGGGUCUUCUUAUGCUCAUAGAAAAGGAACGACAGGGCGAUACUGUAGAUCGAACACUUCUUAAGUCAUUGUUAAGAAUGUUGUCAGAUCUACAAAUUUACCAAGAGGCCUUCGAAACAAAGUUCCUAGUGGCUACAGAAAGAUUGUACGCUGCUGAGGGUCAACGAUUGAUGACUGAGCACGAUGUUCCUGAGUAUUUGGCUCAUGUGGAUAAGCGUCUGCAGGAGGAAAACGAACGAUUGUUGCAUUAUCUCGAUACAUCCACCAAAUGGUCACUCAUACAUACCGUAGAAAAACAAUUACUGUCCGAACACAUUACUAGCAUUUUACAAAAAGGUUUAAGUGGACUGCUGGAUGAAAAUAGGAUUAGCGACUUAUCAUUGCUUUAUAAUUUGUACAGUCGAAUAAAGAAUGGUCUUGUGGAACUCUGUUUGAACUUUAACUGUUAUAUCAAGAAAAAAGGCAGGACAAUAGUUAUAGAUCCCGAGAAGGACAAAACGAUGGUACAGGAGUUGUUAGAUUUCAAGGAUAAAAUGGAUAAUAUAGUUAAUACAUGCUUUCAUAAAAAUGAAAAGUUUGCAAAUAGUUUAAAAGAAGCUUUUGAAGCUUUCAUUAAUCAAAGAGCAAACAAACCAGCGGAAUUAAUAGCUAAAUUUGUCGAUUGCAAGUUACGCGCAGGUAACAAAGAAGCGACAGAAGAGGAAUUGGAAAGAUUGUUGGAUAAAAUUAUGGUGCUCUUUCGAUUUAUUCACGGAAAGGAUGUUUUCGAAGCUUUUUACAAAAAGGAUUUGGCCAAGCGCUUAUUGGUGGGAAAGUCGGCUUCCGUAGACGCGGAAAAAUCAAUGUUAUCAAAAUUGAAACAGGAAUGCGGCGGUGGAUUCACUAGUAAAUUGGAAGGAAUGUUCAAAGAUAUGGAACUUAGCAAAGAUAUUAAUAUCGCAUUCAAACAGUAUGCAGGAAACUUACAGAGCGAAUUAAUGGCAAGUAGUUUGGACCUGACUGUCUCUAUACUUACUAUGGGAUAUUGGCCUACGUAUCCUGUGAUGGAAGUCACUCUACCGAUGGAAAUGGUGCAGUAUCAAGAUGUAUUCAACAAGUUUUACUUGGGAAAACAUAGCGGUAGAAAACUGCAGUGGCAGCCGACCUUGGGACAUUGUGUAUUAAAAGCGUGGUUCAAUCAGGGUAACAAAGAGCUGCAAGUGUCGUUGUUUCAAGCGCUGGUUUUAAUUCUGUUCAACGAUUCCGACAAUAUCUCUCUGGAGGACAUCAAGGCUGCUACAAAUAUCGAGGACGGCGAAUUGAGAAGGACAUUGCAGUCCUUAGCAUGUGGGAAAGCUCGUGUUCUCCAAAAGAAUCCGCGUGGUCGAGAUGUCGCUGAUAACGAUAGAUUCGUAUUCAACGCAGAGUUUACGAAUAAACUCUUCAGAAUUAAGAUCAAUCAGAUUCAAAUGAAGGAAACGAAUGAAGAACAAAAGGCGACGGAAGAGAGAGUAUAUCAAGACAGACAGUAUCAGAUAGAUGCCGCUAUUGUCAGAAUUAUGAAAAUGAGAAAAACCUUGACUCAUAAUCUUCUUAUCAGUGAAUUAUAUAAUCAAUUAAAGUUUCCUGUAAAACCUGCAGAUUUGAAAAAACGGAUUGAGUCUCUUAUAGAUAGAGACUACAUGGAGCGAGACAAGGAUAAUGCAAAUCAAUACAAUUACGUUGCGUAACCUAAAGCAAAUGCCAAAGUUUCAUUGAAUCAUCGGAUCGAUGCUGAUUUCUCUAGCAAAUUGAAUUUAUCACCAUCGGUGUUUGUCUAUUGUGAAUGUGAAUGGGUUGUAGUUCAAGCAAGAAACUCCAUAACUGAUCUGAUUGUCGGCGCGUUAUGAAUUAUAACGUUACCGACGCGUGUGGUCAGUUCGUACAAAGGGAAAAAAAAGAAACUCAACUCAGUGAAUUUCCCCGUUUUGGUUUUCGUAGUGCAUGAGAGAUAACGAAUGGUUGCAAUCCCUCUUUGAACAGUGGUGUGUCAUUUCUGAAUUUUACAAAAAAGAAAAAAAAAAGAGAAAAGAAAAAAAGGACCAUAGGCAGAGUAUCCUUGAUAACACGACGUUCUAAAGUCUAACAAUUUUUUAUGCAACGCAAUUUUUCACAGCAUAUUUACAAUUAAAAAGAUGUAACAAAGGAUGCAAGAUGUAGUAUACAUAUUGUAACACUACUAUAAAAAUAGAGAAUAAGAGUGCAAUUGCAAUACAAUUAGUUGUUUCAAGAAGUGAACAACAGCGCAGUAUUUAUAACAAAAAUAAAAAAAAUGUCUGUAGACUACGUCUACGUAUAUGCGUCGUGAUAUUUUGAAGUGCAAAUUAUUUCCGCUGCAUCUUCACUUGCCUUUCUCAUGUAUGUAAACGAAGAAAGAUUGAAAACAUUUUUCCUGAUCUUUAAGUUAGGCAAAAUACAGGCAAAAGUUGAUAAUUUUAAUCAAAAAUAUAAUGUACAAAA